CGGAAGCAGGAGGUGGUGGGAAAGCAGCAUGGUGGAGAGCCCUGCCCCAGCACCCCCAGAGUCCUACUCCCGACCCCCCCUGCCUCCUCCCCAACACCCCCGGCUCCUCUCAUCUCCUCCUCAGCACCCUUGCAUUCCUCCCUUCCCUGGAUGGUUGGGCAGCAGGACUUGGGCUGUGUGCCAGCUCUGGUACCCGAUACCUCUUCUCCUCCUCCGCGGGUGCUGCUAGACCCACGGGGCUCCAGCCCCCGUGACUUUAGCCAGGGCCCGCCGCUCACCCCCGAGGGCGGGGGGUGUGGAAGCAGGGGACGCACUGCCUUCAAAUACUCCGAACACAGGGCUCACCCUGGCUCUGUCGCCUCUCCCAGACGGAGAGCAGCCAUAAGACUUGCUGGGACCUGUGCUAACUCUUGCCACACAAGAUGACAGCAAGAGACGGGCCCCAAGACAGGUACAAGGCUGUCUGGCUGAUCUUCUUCAUCCUUGGCCUGGGAACGCUGCUGCCAUGGAAUUUCUUCAUGACCGCCAGAGAGUAUUUCAUCAGUCGCCUUCGGGACCCGGAGGAGACAAGCCAUGUUGGGAACCAGACUGGUGAGGCCACCUUCACACCCUCCUACCUGCAGUCCGUAUUUGACAACUUCAUGACUCUCUGCGCCAUGGUGCCCCUCCUUAUCUUCACCUGCCUCAACUCCUUCAUCCACCAGCGGAUUCCCCAGCAGAUCCGCAUCUCAGGCAGCCUGGUGGCCAUUGGGCUGGUGUUUCUAGUCACCGCUAUUAUGGUGAAAGUCCCCAUGGAGCCUCUUCCCUUCUUUGUCUUUACCAUGAUCAGCAUUGUUUUCAUCAACUCCUUCGGCGCCAUUCUCCAGAGCAGCCUGUUUGGGCUGGCAGGGCUCCUGCCUGUCAGCUACACGGCCCCCAUCAUGAGUGGGCAGGGUUUGGCAGGCACCUUCGCUGCUUUGGCAAUGAUCUUCAGUAUUGCCAUUGGUGCCCAGCAACCCGAGAGCUUCAUCGGUUACUUCACCACGGCCUGUGUGACAAUCGUGCUGGCAAUCGUCUCCUACAUAGUUCUGCCUCACAUGGACUUCUUCCGAUACUACUCCAUGAAGGACAAGACAGAGUACCGCGUGUACAAUGCAGAGCUGGAGACCAAGAGAGACCUGAUUAAGAAAGACGAGAAUGGGAUGGAGCAGAAUAACUCAAAGAUCAUCCCUAUCCACAACCCUGAUGAGCAGCCCUCUGUCAUUGCUAUUUUUAAGAAGCUCUGGGUCUUGGCUCUGUGUGUCUGCUUCGUCUUCACUGUCACCAUCGGCGUCUUUCCUGCCAUCACAGCUAACGUGUCCACUGUCCUCGGAGAGGGAAACAAAUGGGGUCUCUACUUCAUUCCUGUCUCCUGCUUCCUGCUCUUCAAUGUCUUUGACUGGACAGGACGGAGUCUCACUGCCCUCUUCACAUGGCCCGGGAUGGACAGCUGCCUCCUGCCAGUGAUGGUGGUCCUCCGUGUCAUCUUUGUCCCUCUUUUCAUGCUGUGCAACGUGCAACCCCGUUACUACCUGCCUGUUGUGUUCUCUCAUGAUGCCUGGUACAUCAUCUUCAUGAUCUUCUUCUCCAUCUCCAAUGGCUACCUGGCCAGCCUUUGCAUGUGCUUCGGGCCAAAGAAAGUGCUUGUGCACGAAGCAGAGACAGCUGGAGCUAUCAUGGCGUUUUUCCUGUCGCUGGGUUUGGCCUUAGGAGCUGCUGUCUCCUUUCUGGUCCGACUUCUCAUCUAGCAGAGGCACACAGAGGGUGCAGGGACACCAAGAGAUGGCUCCGCAUCCUCCACUGAGGGCCUGGACACCUCAGCACUGUGGGGAAAUAACAGCUUACACCUGUCCCUGCCAAGUCACACUGCCACAGCAGACAUUACACCCAGGGAUGGUUCCACUCCUGCAGGGUUGGCCUGGUUCCUGCCAUGCUCGGCUGUGUGAUGCCUUCAGGCCUACGUGCCUUCUCCUUCCCCAUGCUGUGUGUGUUGUAAGACCCCCGGGAUCUCCAAGAAGUCCAGCUGCCUCCCAUGUUGCAUAACUUCCCUGGCUCAAGGCCAAAAGCCAUUUUCAGCCUCUUUGUCUCUGAGAGAGUGAAAGGCUGGUAACUAGUGUUACUCCUUCUCUUGCCCUUGUCUCCAAAGCACCUAGGAGAUUCUCUCCUCUCCUCCUAGGGGGCCUGGAAAUAUCCCACACCCCUCGUCCUGCUGGUAGACUUGUGAAUGGGGAGGAGAGCCCCAGCCAGCCUCACCAUCCCUGCUCUCUGCUAUACGCACAUCCCCCCAACCUGUGUGUCCUAAAAGUGUAGACAUCUGUGUCCCAGCCACAGAAAGAGCCAACACCGUGGCUUGGCUGAGGGAGGAGGAGGUCUCCACACCCCACAUUCUCCCCCUCUCCCCUUAUUUUUCGGUGAUUCUGACAUUGUUUUUUUUUUCAGCCUCCUGGUUGUGUGACAGGAGGUUCUACUGUGGGUUACAAGAGGAAAAGCAGCAACUCCCUUCCCAACAGAGCUGCCUUCCCUACCCAUGUGUGCUACAAGGGAAGGCCUCACCUCUCCCUUGGCUUUCCUGUCCCUUGUUGUGUAAAUGUGUCUAUACAGUUGCCAUUUUCUAUAAAAAGAACAAAAUACUC